GAUGUCUAAUAAGGUCUCUUAAUGCACAUUUUAAACACUAGGUAUAAUUUGUCUUUGUUUUAAACAAUUCAGAAAUACAGAUGUGGUAACAAGAUUUCCAUAUAUUUUUCAGUCCAGUCAUUCUUUUUCAUGAAAGUUUUCAAAUGACUUUCCUGUAAUACUUUGUGCAGCUGUAUAGAAACUACUGUGAAAAACAGAUCUGUGUUCAUUCAUCACUGCAUGGAACUAUGAUCUGGUGCUAAGAGCUGGUGAAAAUGGCUGAAAAUGGAGAUGGUGAAAACAUGUCCCUUUUGGAAAACAAAAUAUGUCAGCAAAUUGAGUACUAUUUUGGCAAUCACAAUCUACCAAGAGACAAAUUCCUGAAGGAACAGAUCAAACUAGAUGAUGGCUGGGUGCCUUUAGAAGUAAUGAUCAAAUUCAACAGGUUAAGUCACCUUUCAACGGAUUUUAGUGUUAUUGUAGAAGCAUUAAGAAAAUCCAAGACUGGUUUAAUGGAAAUAAGUGAAGACAAAACAAAAAUCAGAAGAUCUCCAAACAAACCCCUUCCUGAGUUAAAUGACCAGUAUAAGGCUGCAAUUAGAAACAGAUCUGUAUAUGUUAAAGGCUUCCCACUAGAUGCAACUCUUGAUGAUAUCAAAGAAUGGCUUGAGGAUAAAGGUCCAGUUGAAAACAUUCAAAUGAGGAGGACACUGCAGAAAACAUUUAAGGGCUCAAUAUUUGCAGUUUUUGAUAGUGUUGAAUCUGCUAAGAAGUUCACAGAGAUCCCAAACCAAAAGUACAAAGAUGCAGAGCUGAUAAUACUUUUCAAGGAGGAGUACUGUACAAAGAAGAAUGAAGAAAGGAAACAAUAUAAAGUAGAAGCUAAAGCAAGAGCUAAACAGGAAAAAGAAGAAAAACAGAAACAAGCAGCAGAUGCUGAAAUGAAGUCUCUGGAAGAGAAGACGGGAUGUCUUUUGAAGUUUUCUGGUGAUCUAGAUGAUCAAACAUGCAGAGAAGACCUCCAUGAUGUAUUUUCUGAUCAUGGAGAAAUCAAAUGGAUACACUUUGUCAGAGGUGCAAAGGAGGGAAUUAUCCUUUUUAAGGAUAUUGCAAAAGAAGCUCUGGAAAAAGCAAAAGCAGCACAUAAUGGAAACUUACAGCUUCGGAACAAGGAUGUUACAUGGGAAUUGCUAGAAGGAGAUGCAGAGAAAGAAGCUCUGAAAAAAUUAUUGGAAGACCAGCAAGAAUUGCUGAAACAGAAAACGAAAGGACGCAAAAUGAAAGGAAAAGGAAGAGGGGGAAAGACACCUCAAGGAGCACAGAAAGGAAAAAUUCAGUUUCAGGGCAAGAAAAUCAAGUUUGAUAAUGAAGAAGAAGGUGGUGAAGAUGAUGCUAAAACAGAACCAGCAAGUCCCAAGAAAAGACCACUAGAAGAAAUGGAAAAAGAAGAACCUGCACCAAAACAGUUGAAAACAGAAAAUGGCGGAGGUGAUUAGUAAUACUAAAAUAAUAAAGUUUAGGGUAAAAAGAAUCAUUGUUUUAUUGUUCCAUUUUCAAUAGGUUUUAAAGACAUGCCUCAGUUCAGGAGUUUCUUGGCAGAAAAUCUAAUGAAAUCCACUUCAAUGUCAACCUACAAUGAGAGGAAAGCUUCAUUUUGUUGGGUUACAGCUUUUUUUUCUGUUUAAGAAGCAUGCUUACUCUUAACGUACCACCCUGGAAAACUUUUAUAUUUAUACUUUUGUUUAUACGGUCAGAUCUUCACAGUUUCUCUGGAAACCCACUCAAAUGUAAAAGGUUCUGGACUCUGUAAUAUUGCGGUUAUGUUAAAUAGCAGCUGCCAAUAAAUUCAGAACUUAAAACUG